AUAGCGAUGGAAUAAUUCUUCCUAUCCCUCAAGAAAACCCGACGAACGGAGAAGCAUGGCCGCUGACCGAGAGAAUGAAGCUAAACUACAGCUCUUCCUUCAAUGGCUGCAGGUUAAUGGUGUCGAACUCCGGUGUUGCACCAUCAAGAGCUGCGGCCCUGAAAAAGGAUUCGGAGUCUUCACCUCCUGCUCCCCCUCCGAAGAUGGAGUUGCCAUGGUUGUUCCUCUCGAUCUCUCCAUCACUCCUAUGCGCGUCCUCCAAGAUCCUUCCGUCGGCCCUAGAUGCAGGGCGAUGCUUGAGGAGGGCGACGUGGAUGACCGGUUCCUUAUGAUUCUCUUCCUUACGGUCGAGCGCUUACGGCCGAACUCUCUGUGGAAGCCGUAUUUUGAUAUGCUUCCGAACACCUUCGGGAGUCCACUCUGGUUUACAGAGGAUGAAUUUGCCGAAUUAAAGGGGACGACAUUACACAAAGCAAGUGUUUUGCAGAGGAAGAAUCUUCAAGCUCUGUAUGAUGAUAAAGUAAAAGUCUCGAUAAAAUCAUAUAAAGAUUCACUAAUUUUUAUUAUCUCCCAAAUUAUUCCCUCAUCGUACAUUCUUGCUGGUCAAGUGAAUAUUACAUGUACCGUUGUAGGUAGUCUUGCUACCCAGAAUGAGGAAGAGAAGGAUUAUAAUGCUUCAAUUUUUUCUAUUUUAAGGGAGGUGCAGUUUGAGGAUUUCCUUUGGGCAUUUUCAAUAUUCUGGACUCGAGCUCUGAAUAUUCCAUUUCCUCGAUCUUAUGUAUUCCCUGAACCAGCAGGAGAUCAAAGCAACAAUCGUGUUUUGCAUACUAGCUAUUGUGUUUCCCCUGAGACUGAUAUGGCCGGUGAAGCAUCUGCUGAUACCAGCAGGGAUCAAAGCAACAAUCGUGUUUUGCAUACUAGCUAUUGUGUUGCUCCUGAGACUGAUACGGCCGGUGAAGCAUCUGAUGAUACCAAUGGUGAAAGAUACAGGGACAGUGGUAUUUUGUUUGACAAGGAAAAUAGUACUGAAACUUCCACUUCAAAAGCUGGAGAGACUGUAUGGGUUGAGGGUCUAGUUCCUGGUAUUGACUUCUGCAAUCAUGGUUUGAAGCCAGCAGCAACUUGGGAGGUUGAUCAGAUUGGAUCCAUGACUGGAAUUCCUUAUUCAAUGUAUCUCCAGCUUGCUGUUCCAGGCAGUAUGGAAAUUGAUAAGGAGGUCUCUAUUAGUUAUGGAAAUAAGGGAAAUGAGGAGCUUUUAUACCUUUAUGGUUUUAUCAUUGACGUUAAUCCAAGCGACUAUCUUAUGGUUCAUUGCCCUUUAGAGCUCCUUCAGAACGCACCAUUGUCUGAGAACAAGGAAAAACUCCUAGAAUUACAGUGCUUGCAGAAAGCUGAAUUGAGAUCUCUCUUACCCAGUAGUCUUCUUGAUAAUGGCUUUUUCACUGGCUGUCAUAAGAAUGAGGACAGCACGCGUAGCAGUUUUAGCUGGAGUGGUCAGCGCAAGUUUCCUUCAUAUCUGCAUAAGUUGGUUUUCCCUCAAGAAUUCAUGGCAGCUUUACGAACAAUAACAAUGAAAGAGAACGAGAUUAAAAAGGCUACUUCUCUGCUAGAAGAGCUUGUUGGAUCAAUAGAUGAGGGGCAGGCAUCAGAAGCAGAUGUGAGAGCAGCUGUUUGGGAAUCUUGUGGAGAUUAUGCAGCUCUAGAGCUACUAGUGGAUCUUCUUCGCGCCAAGAUGACGGAACUUGAAGAGAGUUCAGGAACUUUAGAGAGUGAUUCCAAGCUUCUAGAGGAUUUCUACAAUUUGGAGCUCGAAGAAUACAUGAG